UAAGAAAAGCCGAUCACAGCUUCACACAGAAGGGUCCGAAUCAGAACCGUAAGAACCUCCAUCGCGAACGCAGAGUCUCUUUUAGUCGAUUCGUACGACGCACAACUCAUCAACUCGUUCGUAAACGAUAAAAACAUAUCGACCGAUCGAAAUCAAUCAUUUCUAUCGAGAUAAUAUCUUAGUUGAUAUUAACGAAAUAAAUUAAAAGAAAGAACGAAAGAAAGAAGAGGAGGCAAAAUGGUUUACGAGAGCGACUUUUACACGACCCGACGACCCUAUUCAAGGCCCCUUGCAUCGUCCUACAGCAUCACGACUACCCCUGUUGUCCUACCACUCUCUGCUGUCAUUCAGUUGAGGGGUUAUCUUCCUCGAAUGCCCUACAUUGCGCACAAGAGGCUCGUCACCGUAAUCCAUUCACCGGUCCAUAAUGUUUACUACUCUGGCUCGAUGAUACCGAUAAGAAUACAUUCUCGCGUACGUCCAAGUGUGAUAGCUGCCGAACUCAAGAGGAUACGCGAUCUACCAAGGCCCUCUACCGAGUCUUACACCGAGCACUAUUUAAAUUCCAAGGAUCACAUCUACUUCGACGACGAGGCCAAAGAAAUACGUGCAAGGGUGGAUUCUCUUCUACGACGAGUUCACGUCUACAUACCGCGAGCAUGUCCCAGCGACUUCGCCGAAGAAAUAGUACCAGAGCGUAUGCGUAGUGGUGAUUAUAUUCGCCGACUGAUAUCCGGUAAGAACAAUACAAAGAAGGAUGCAGAAGCGGUUUCAUGGUAUGACGUACCGGAAAGAGGACAUUUUGGAAAUCUGGCAUGCGUAAAGUACGUCGCUGGAAAACCUCAAUCCAUCAGGAGACCCUACUACAAAGUCGCUGAUCUUCGUCCCUCCGACAUCAAGAACGACGUUAAGUUUUUGAGCUACUACCAAAAAAAUCGGCAGGCUGCUGCCGACGCUUCACCGGAUCAACCGAUGACUGAGAGAGAACUCAGAAAGGCCCGUGCCCUAGAAACCGAAUGGAGCGAAUCGAUUGUGAAAAGAGAAGUGAAACCAAUACUGGAAGAGAAGACAAAUGUCGCAGAAAAGAAGACGAAUUUACCCGAAGAAAAGAUAACCGUACCGGAAGAGAAGAAAACUGUAGCAGAAGAGACGAAAGCCGUAGCAGAAGAGAAAGUAACUGUGGUAGAAGAGAAGAAAGUUAUAGCAGAAGAGAAAGAAACUCUGAUAGAAGAGAAGAAAGCUUUAGUAGAAGAACCGAUAAAGGAGGAAGUUAAACCAAAAGCUAAACUGGCCAAGGAAUCAAAGAUUAAGAAAUCAAAGCAAGUGGAAGUAGAGAAGAAAGUUGAAACCAAAGUGGAAACACCCAAAGUAAAGGAAAUACCGGUGAAGGAACCUUCAAAAGAGUCUGAAGAAUUGUUAGCAGAACCCGCGAAGGAAAAAGAAGAAAAAGUAGAGGAGGAGGUAGCUACUACAGAAUCUUUGGAAUCUACUCAAAAGCAACUAGAAAUCGUAGAGGAACCUCCUAAAGAGGAACCAUCGAAAGAGGUGCCAGUCGAAAUAGAAGUUGCAAAGGUUCAAGAAUCAGAAAAUCUUUCUGAAGAAAAAACAGAAGAGAAAGCAACGAUAGAACCGAAAGUAGAGUCAACGGUAGAAUCAAAAAUAGAACCAACGGUAGAAACUGCUGCGAUAGAUACAGCAGAGAUUGUAGAAGAAUCGAAACCGGAAAUUGCACAAGAAGUUGAAACAAAAUCUGUUGAAGAAGCAGAGAUUAUCGAAGCUACUCCUACGACAGAGAAUACCGAACUUGUAAGUGAAAAGGAUCAACCAGAGGGUGAAACGGAAGAGGUGAAACAAAACAGACAAGAUGCUGCAAAAAGAGCCGAAGAAUAUUUGUUGAAAGUUGCCGAAGAAUCCAGAACCGAAGAAGAGAAGAAACAGGCUGUGGAGAUACAACUAACAAAGUAUGAGAUGGAGGAAGAAAAAGCAUGGGAGGCUUUGCAGAUUGAUUUGGAUCGAAAAGCUCAUCUUGAUGAGAUCCUUGAGGUAGAGAGGGCAGAAGCAGAAAGGAAAAUUGAGGAAGAAAAAUUAGAAAAGGAACGUACUGAGAUCAUUCGUUUGGAAGAAGCUGAAAGACAAAUCAAUGCUGAAAAGCUUCGUGCCCUAAUGGAGGAAGAAGAGAGGAUGCUUAUCGAGGAACGCGCAGAGGAGGUUCGUCAGAGGCAGGAAAGAGAAGAACGAUUGGCUGAAGUGUCGCUUGGCAUUAGCGAUGAUAAAAAGGAUGCCGAUUAUUCACGCGAGGAUCAACUUUUUACCGAGAUAACUGAUCAAGAGAUGGAGGAGAAACCGUACGAGCUUCCGCCGACGGACGAGGAUACGAAGAUCGAAGAAGAAAAUGUGGUAGAGUACGAAGUCGAAGAUAUUUCCAUGGAUCCUUUCGUCGAGGAACCAGAUGGACAAUCUCGACCUGUACCCAGUGGAGGUACUGCCAUCGUCGAGGAGAACUUUGAAUGGCCUGACGAAGAAGCCUAAUUUUUCUCUUUCUUCUAUUCCCUCUCUCUCUCUUUCUCUCUCUCUCUCUCUCUGUCGUUUCCUAUCUUCUAUCGCGAAUAACACCCUGUACGCCGGAUCAUGUUCCUUUAUUACCGUAAUAUUCACUUUUUAUUUUGUGCUACGAUUAACAUAUUUUCUCUCAGCAUAUAUCAUCGUUCUUCCUGACAUAAUUAAUAAGACUUUACGAUACGAUUUUAAUCGAUUCAAACGUGUUAAGUAAUCGAAUAUAUUAUAUAUACAUAUAUGCAUAUACAUACAUACAUACAUAUAUAUAUAUAUAUAUAUAUAUAUAAAUCAAUUGAACAAAUUAUUCGAAAAAAGAUGCAACAAAAAAUGACAAAAUAUAAUUUAUUGUUAUUAUUAUUAUUAUUAUUAUUAUCAUUUCAAAUCGUAUCGUCAAUUCGAAAACAUACAUACAUAUCAUUCGCAUAUCUAUUUAUUUCAUAUCCGAUACAUUACAUACAUAUGUACGUGUGCGUGCGUGUAAUAAGAAUGUUAGAGGGGGAACGCGCAGGAUACAUCUAAUGCAACGUUCGACCGAUCGUAAUUAUAAUAAUCGACCUGAAUCACUGGUGUCAGCAACAUCAAUGAUAUCGGCGGUCCUUGGCAUCGAUUUGGAAGGAAAAAUUUGUACGAUAAAAUUAAAUUGUUAAAUAAUAUCGUCGAACGUGGCAACUUAACGACGAAAGUGGGGAAUAUCAUUGUGGGAUUUUUAUUAUAUUAAAAUUUCAACUUUUUUUUUUCUUUUUUAUAUUCCCUUAUUUAUUUAUCCUCGCGUUUUCUAUACACUCGUUAGAGGAUCGUGGACGAGUCAAAAAUAUUUUUCAUUGGACGUUUAAUCGAAAUAUUACAUUUUUGACCUGUCGCUAAUAUAUAAGGCAAUUUUUAGUAUUAAUUUAUUAUACGAAUAUACAUAUAUAAAAAGAAAAAACGUAAAAAAAAAGAAGAAGAAGAAAAAACAAAAUGCUGCACGUCGUGGCAACGAUUACAAUUAGUUUUUCAUAUAGAUUAAUCGAAAGAUGUAACAACGACAAAA